AUGUGCAUUCGUUUUGGCUCGAGCAACUUGGCAGCCCGGUCAAGAAUCCACAGCAUCCAGACUUUUGGUUGGCAAGACAUGUCAGCUCCAAGGCAAGUGCAGAUGGACUCCAUUGACGAGACCAAGGUCGUUGUGCACAGUGCUUGCUGCUGCUGCUAUGAUGGCUGCAUUCCCGAGUUCAACAACAUCGGCUGCGCAGCACAGGAGACAUUGCUUUGCUUGGAGGCUGAUGUUUGCUGCAAGACAAAUACACCAUGCUUGUGCUGCGGAUGCUGUGCGAUUAGGUGCAUUCCGAUCACUACAUGCUGCAAAGCACAGAGCCAGUUCUUUUGCUGUGUAGCUGGGUCAGCACUUCCUCCAGACGGUGAAGUUCCAUGCAUGUUCAAUGUGUGUUUCCUGAACCUAUUUCCCAAGAUCGGCUGUUGCAUGAAGCUGGGUGAAUUGAAGGGAUGA